AUGCUUGAAGCAAGCGAAAAGGAAACAUGCAUCGUAACGCAGAUAGUCCAGAACGAGCUGCUCGAUGUGAUUGGAUUGUGGCAUGAGGAUAUGCGCUAUGAUCGUGAUGAAUAUAUUAAGAUUCAUUCAGAGAACGUUGAAAAAGAUCUUCGGAACCAAUUUGAAAAAGUCCUUCCAUUAAAAGCAACUACCUACAAUAUGCCAUACGAUUACAAAUCAAUUAUGCAUUAUGACGCAACAGCAUUUACAAAGAAUGGAGAUAUCACCAUGGAAACACUGAACCCUGAAUUCCAAGAUAUAAUUGGUGAAUCGAAAGAUGCUACUAGUGAUUACCGCAAGGUUUGCGAGAUCUACAGCUGUGACAUGUGCAUGGGUGAAAGCUUCGACACUGAUGGCGAUCUCAUAAACAAGAAAAUUGAGGCCUCAGAAGUUGAAGAGAAUGAGAAAGAGAUCACAAAAAUUAUCAAAGAGUCAGUUUUGACUUUUGAUUUAACGUGAAC